AUGGCGGAGGAUCCCAACCCUGAUGUGGUGCAGCUGGAGCUGGAGUCUGUUAUUGGCUUCAACGGAAAAGUGCCUUCUGGCUUCAACAUCCAUUUUGAUCGUGACCAUUUUAUCUAUCCACUGGGAUGUACAGUUGUCAUUCAGGACCUAAACAGUAACAAGCAAAGUUUCCUUCAUGGUCACACCAACAAUAUUUCCUGUAUUGCAGUUAGCAAGAGUGGGAAAUAUAUUGCCACCGGACAGGUCACUUACAUGGGAUUCAAGGCUGACAUCAUCGUCUGGAACUACGCUGAACGAUCGCGUCAUGCCAAACUAAUCUUGCACAUGGCAAAGGUAGAAGCUGUGGCCAUCUCACCAAAUGAUCUCUACUUGGUGUCACUUGGAGGGCAGGAUGAUGACAGUGUUGUUAUUUGGAAUUUAGAAACAAAACACUCCAUCUGUGGCAGUCCCUCUACCAUCCCAACCGCAGGGCAUGCUUUGACUGUGAAAUUCGCCAACCAGACCGACAAUGUCUUUAUUACUGGAGGAAAUGGUACCUUACGCUUGUGGCAAUUGGACCUACCAAACCGAAAGAUUCGUCCGACUGAAUGUCAAACUGGACAACUUAAGAGAAUAAUCACUUGUGUUGAAAUAGCAGAUAGCGACGCUUUCUUUUAUUGUGGGACAACAACAGGUGAUGUUCUUGUAAUCAGCAUGAAGACUGGACUUCUCAAAACUUAUGGACCUAUAAAGGACAAGUUCAGUUUGGGAAUCACAGCAAUAAUGGAGCUGAAAUCAGGUGAUAUACUGAUUGGAACAGGAGAUGGUGUGUUAGCACUUUGCAAAGCAUCCAAUUUGAAGCCAAUCAAAAAGGUGAAGGUCGACGGUGCUGUUAACUCCAUCACUCUGCGUGGUCAAGGACACCAGUUCUUUAUUGGUACAGGGAGUUGCCAGAUGUAUCGAUUUAACUACACUGAGUUCAAAGAGGAACUAAUUGCCACAUGUCACAGCGACGCUGUCCUCGAUGUGGCGUUUCCUUGCGGAACUUCAGAUUUGUUCUGCACCUGCUCGAAGGCUGAGAUUAGAAUCUGGUAUACACCGAACAACAAGGAGCUCCUGCGCAUCACUGUGCCAAACAUGACCUGCCAUGCCAUCGAAUUCAUGCCAGACGGGAGGAGCAUCAUCAGUGCUUGGAACGAUGGGAAAAUUCGAGCCUUUACACCAGAAACGGGCAAACUGAUGUACAUAAUCCAUAGUGCUCACCACCAAGGCGUAACAGCAAUCGCGGUGACUGGGGACUGCAAACGGAUAGUCAGUGGAGGAGGUGAAGGGCAGGUGCGGGUGUGGGAGAUUGCACAGAGAAGUCAGAAGAUGCUGGCUGCAAUGAAAGAACAUUCAUCUACUGUCUCAUGUAUUAAGAUUAAGAAAAAUGACCGAGAAUGUGUUACAGCAAGUUUAGAUGGAACUUGUAUCAUCUGGGAUAUUUUACGCUUUGCAAGGAAUCAGAUGGUUUUGGCAAACACACUAUUUAAGUGUGUCUGUUAUCAUCCUGAGGAAUACCAAAUAAUAACCAGCGGGAAAGAUCGCAAGGUUGGGUACUGGGAAGUGUAUGAUGGUUUGAUGAUCCGGGAACUGGAAGGCUCCUUGUCUGGCUCCAUUAAUGGAAUGGACAUAACUCCAGAUGGGAGCUACUAUUCUACUGGAGGUGAGGAUAAGUUGGUUAAAGUCUGGGGAUACGAUGAAGGUGAAGUUACACAUGUUGGAAUAGGACACAGCGGGACUAUCAAUCGCCUUAAGAUCUCUCCCGAUAUGAUACACAUCAUCAGCGUUAGUACAGAUGGAGCAAUACUACGGUGGAAGUUCCCGCAUCUGAAGAAGACCUGAGUUCUCAGUCAUACACUGUUCUCUUCCUCUAUUACUUUUAUUUUAUUUUAAUGGUAAAUAUAUUUUAAAUGUCAGCUUUAUAUUCAGGAAAUUGAACUCAGCACAAAGCCCUUCCUUCCUCUUACUUUUAAACUUUUUGAGAAUUCUGCCUUGUAAUAUUGUCAGUAAUGGAUCUGAGGUUUAACAAUAUUGGACAUUUUCUUUUUCUGUAUAAAACAAGUGAAAAAAUGAAUGUAUUUGCUUCGAUUGAUGCUCGUUUACUGCUACUUUAGAAGCUUAAUUCUAUGCAUUUGCGUUCACGUUCUAAUUUGAUAUUGCUUCCUGAGAACCCUGAUCUAUUUACUUCUGAUGUUGCACAAUCCACGGUUUACAAUUGCAUUGUAAGUUAUAAAAAAAAUAAACAUUCAACUGAUGUCUGAA